GAUUAUAUUAUAUGUAUGUUAAAAAAUAAAAAACUUGGAAAAAAAAAACCCCCAGCUCUUCUCCUUCCAUCCUUUCAGGCCCUGGAAUUGGACAGCAACAACGAGAAGGGCCUCUUCCGGCGAGGCGAGGCGAGACUGGCCGUCAAUGACUUUGAGUUGGCCCGAGCGGAUUUCCAGAAGGUUCUGCAGCUCUACCCAAGCAACAAGGCGGCCAAGGCCCAGCUCCAGAUCGCCCAGCUGAAGAUCCGCCAGCAGCACGAAAGGGAGAAGAAGAUGUACGCCAACAUGUUCCAGAGACUGGCAGACAAAGAAGGAAAGCCGGAAGCCGACGCCGGAUGCAAAGAAGAAGCCGACAUGAAAGAGAAGCAGAACGGCGUGGAGGAGAAAACAGACGUCGACAUAGAAAUUUGAGGCUGAGAGUUGAUGACCCGUUAGUUUUCUAAAAAAAAAAAAAAAACUGAAGAAUUUCCAGUGAACUUUAGACCUUUAUUUUUCUAUCUUGAUUCGGUAAGGGGGGUGACGGCUGGGGGGGGCUGUUUAGUGUCUAUCCUAGGAAAAAAAAACAAAACGGUGGCAGAACCAGAAACAAGUAACGUUUGAUGUAUUAUUUAUUCGGACAUGCAUCCCUUUACUCUGUUGUUGUUGAGCUUGAAAGUUCUGUUAGGGUCCCUUCUUUCCUAUCAGUUUCCUCAUCUCCUUGGCAUCCUUCUCAGGUUUCCAGCUUGGCCUAAUCAAGUGUCACAUUUUAUUCCUCCCCCCCCUUCUUUACUGCCCCCCCCUUCCCUUCCUAUUUUUAAAGAAAGUUUUUUAUCUGCACAUGCACACAGCUAUUGCAUGAGAGGCCUAAUAAACACAAAAGAGAGCUGCCUUUUCUGCCGCAGUUUAACAUCCUCUCUUCGGCUCCGUUGUCACGGAUGCCCCAAGCAGGGCUGGCCACUUUUCUUGUCAAAGGGCUCCUCUUCUCCAGGAGAGGAAAAGAAAUAGAAAACCAAAAAACUUGAGCAGUAAACUCUAAAAGUCUGGAGGGUUAGCGGCCCUCGGACUGUUAAAUGCAGAUAUUCCUCCCUCCCCGAGUUCGCUCAACAUCAGCACCACCAGGUUGGAUAAAUGACUGCCUGCCAAGGGGAUCGGCUAGUAGGAUCUUUGGAAUAAAGAGGACAUAUCAGAAGUUCAGGAAAAUAAUAUCUGGUCAGCCAGAGUUGCAGGUCAGUGACAGUUAGCCAUUUUCUGGAAGGAGGCCGCCCACAUGCCAUAAGCUUUCAAACAUCGGCCAGUUGGGAGAACAUCCUUCUACACCAAUGUGGUGGGAUUGAUCUGCAGCGUCUCCUCCUGGGAUGUCCCUAUAUCCCUCCCCCUCCAUUGAGCACAGAAAGACCUAAUGAGAUAGAUCAGGCAUUCCCACUAGGACUGUGGCGGUGAACCCGGCACGCACGGCCUUCUGGGUUUCUGGCGCGCACGCAACAACCAGCUGUCCUUCACGCGCAUGGCAGUGCCGAAAACCGAUGCGCACUUGCGGCUUAGCCAGCUGAUCGUCUGGGCGUGCGUGUGCGCUAAAACCCAGGAGUUUGGCUUUCCCGCUAUCCCUUCGCACGUGUGGUAGUGUCGAAAACUGGGCCUCGCCAGCUGAUCGUUGUGCGCGCAUGCACGCUAGAACCCGGACGUUCAGCUUUCCCAGAGCCCGACAAAUGCCGAAAAGGUUCGCCAUGACCGCACUAGGACAUUUGCCUACGUUCCCACAAUUGCCUCGGGAGCCCGCCCACAACUCCCACCAACAGUUCAAGGCUUAGCCCCUUGUCCAGCCAGGUGGGAAGAAGGGAGGUCAGUAGUCCAGCAGGUGAAGAGGUCACUAAGGAAAUCACGCGUUGGAAUAAAAGCCUAAUGCAGGUCAAGGAACGGAGCACAGAGAUACAGUUUGGAUAGCUGAUCAGAGAAGAUGGGUGGGAAAGCAGGGGCAGGAUCUGCACUCCCAGCUCAGUUGGAUUCUUGGAAAAUGGGACAUUGAGAUAAUUUGGAAGAAGGGCGUCAAACCUUGAGCGCGUGGCACCGUGCGCAGCCUUGAAGACUCUUGGUGAGCCUGUGCUUGGGUGAGGUUUGAAAGACAUCUUCCAAGUGGUCAUUUCCCUGCCUUUAAUGUUACUUUUGUGACGAGCUUGAGCUCCGGCCGUGACCUCCGAGUAUUUUGCAACCCAUCCAUGCAUUUCAGGAAUGGGAGCGAGGUGUUGGGCCGAGGCAGUCAAGAGGCAGGUGUGGCUAGGCGGACCGAAGGCUGUGUGCAUCAGUGGCGAUGACUUCUGAAAGAAAAGCGAACGCAAGCGGAGUCAUUUCAUAAUUGGCUUUUUAAAAAAAACAGUUAAUGCAACCCUGCUCUGUUUCGCCCAUUAUGCAGAUUAAAACUGUAUAAUCUCUG